AUGGCGGGCCGGGGGCGGGUGAGCAUGCAGGAGCACAUGGCUAUCGACGUGAGCCCAGGCCCCAUCCGGCCCAUCCGCCUCAUCUCCCACUACUUCCCGCACUUCUACCCCACCACUGAGCCCGCCCUGCAGCCCCCAGACCCACGCCCUCCAGUGACCCCCGCCCACUCUGCACCCCAGCCCCAGCCGGACCCAGAGCCAGAGGCAGACUCAGACGACAGCACCGCCCUUGGCACCCUUGAGUUCACGCUCCUUUUUGACGUGGACAGCAGCACCCUGCAUUGCACGGCUCACCGUGCCAAGGGCCUCAAGCCACCGGCCUCGGGCUCUGUGGACACCUUCGUCAAAGCCAACCUGCUGCCCGGAGCCAGCAAGGCCAGCCAGCGGCGGACGCACACGGUUCGGGGCACGAGGGGUCCUGUCUGGGAGGAGACGCUCACCUAUCAUGGGUUCACCCUCCAGGAUGCCCGGCGCAAGACCUUGCGGCUAUGCGUGUGUGAAGACCCGUGGCUGCGGCGACGAAGGCGGGCGCCUCCCCUGGGAGAGCUGCGGGUGCCCCUGAGGAAGCUGGUGCCCAACCAGGCCAGGAGCUUCGACGUGUGUCUGGAGAGGCCCAGGCUGACCAAGAGGCCCAAGAGCCUGGACACAGCACGUGGCAUGUCUCUGUAUGAGCAGGAGGGGGAGGCGGAGCCAGCCUCGGAGGAGCGGGGGCGUGUCCUGCUGUCGCUGUGCUACGGCUCUCAGCGGGGUGGCCUGCUGGUGGGGGUGCUGCGCUGCGCCCACCUUGCCCCCAUGGACGCCAACGGCUACUCGGACCCCUAUGUCCGCCUUUUCCUGCAUCCCAACGCAGGAAAGAAAUGGAAAUACAAGACCAGCGUCCGGAAGAAGACCCUGAACCCCGAGUUCAACGAGGAGUUCUUCUACGCAGGCCCGCGGGAGGAACUGGCCCAGAAGACACUGCUGGUGUCUGUAUGGGAUUAUGACAUGGGCACGGCUGAUGACUUCAUUGGUGGAGUGCAGCUGAGCAGCCGGGCCGGCGGGGAACGCCAGCAACACUGGCGCGAAUGCCUGGGCCACAGUGACCGCAGGCUGGAGCUGUGGCACCCGCUGGACGGCGCGCCCCUCCAGCUCAGCGACUAG